UUGUGGUGCGAGGGAGUUUCUGUGCAUUACUUGCGAGUGUGAGGGUGUAGGUGAGUGUUGGUGGUCUCUGUUCACCGUCGCGUCGGAUGUACAUUGACUUUGUGACAACUCAGCCCCUGCCUUGAAGACUCUGCCAAGUAAGAAUUGGAUGUUAAAGCUCUAGGAGACGUCCAUCGUCUACUAGUGCCUAAAACAACCCGUCAAACCGAAAAAGGUUAAAAGAGGUGCCGGGACACCCACGCCCCCACCCGCGCCGUCGUCAUGCUGGAACCAAGCAGCUCUGAGGAGGAAUCUGAGGCUGAGGUGCAGGAGGAAGUUCCUUCACGCCUGCCCUCUCGCCCAUCCGGCCCUCCCUCAGCUCACGACCAUCAUGCUACGGACGGAGGGAGUUCGGGGCCUACCCCGCAUCCCUCUCUGCAGGUGCCUCAGACCGGCACCCUCCCUAGACGGCCAAGCAUAAGAACCAGCCAGGGGUAUGAUACUAGAAGCGGGUCCCCGGGGAGCACCCUGAGUGUGGACACCCUGAGUGUGGGCGGAGGGUCGAGGGCCAACUCCCUGCCUCGACCCACUUCACCAUCGCCAUCUGUCAUGAGUGACAAGCCGCCAGCUCAGGAGGACCCAGCUGAGAAACAAGAACGCGAGGAAGAAGAGAGGAAGAAACGCCUGCAGUUAUAUGUGUUUAUUCUGCGGUGUGUCGCCUACCCGUUCAACGCCAAGCAGCCCACGGACAUGACCAAGAGACAGAUCAAAGUCACGAAGCAUCAACUGGACGUCAUUCAAGGGCGUUUCCAGAGCUUUCUGAAAGGAGAGCUGCAAAUAGCAGCAGAUGAAGCCUUCAUCAAUGCUGUGCAGAGUUAUUAUGAGAUCUUCCUCAAGAACGAGCGCCUCGCUUCCAUGGUGACUUCUGGUGCCUGCUCACAGCAUGAUCUGAGGGAGGUGUUCAAACAUAACGUGGAAAAAAGAGUCAGGUCUCUCCCAGAAAUUGAUGGCCUCAGUAAGGAAACCGUACUUACCUCCUGGAUGGCCAAGUUUGACAUGAUAAUAAAAGCAGGUGAAGAAGACAGCAAGAGACCAGGUCGGAUGCAGCAGCCCCUCAACAGUGAGCUUAUUAUGCCGAAAGAGCAACUCUUUGACAUGUUUCAACAAAUUUUAGGCAUCAAGAAAUUUGAGCAUCAGUUGCUCUUCAAUGCACUUCAGCUGGACAGCCAAGAUGAACAAGCUGCAGCUAUCCGGAGAGAGUUGGAUGGACGAAUGCAAAAGGUUGCAGAACUAGAGAGGAAUCGCAAGCUGAUGCCCAAGUUUGUGGUGAAAGAAAUGGAGUCCCUUUAUCUGGAAGAACUCAAGACCUCUAUAAAUCUCUUGAUGGCCAACCUAGAGAGUCUUCCUGUUUCCAAAUGUUCACAGGAAGGCAAAUAUGGGUUACAAAAACUCAGAAAGUACAAUCAUAGCAGGUCUCAGAGCUCGUUAAGUGGGCGUGAUAGUGACAGUAUGGACAACGAAGUGACGCUUUCCAAGAUGGAUGUUGUCCUGUCCUUCGCUCUUGAGGUGCUGGUGAUGGAGGUGCGGGAAAUCAAACACCUACCACCAAACAGAAUAGUUUACUGCACAAUGGAGGUGGAGGGUGGAGAGAAGCUACAAACUGACCAAGCAGAGGCAUCAAAACCAAUGUGGGAUACACAAGGGGAUUUCACUACUACACAUCCAUUACCUGGUGUUAAAGUAAAGCUAUAUACAGAAUCAGCAUCUAUGCUUUCCCUAGAUGAUAAGGAGCUAGGCAAGGUUGUUCUACAUCCCACUGCUAUGUCAUCCAAGGUACCUGAAUGGUACAAGAUGCAAGUUCCAAAAAAUUCACCUGAAAAUAAUCUUAGAAUUAAGAUUGCUGUCAGAAUGGAUAAGCCACAAAACUUAAAGCAUUGUGGGCAUCUGUAUGCUCUAGGGAAGAGUUGCUGGAAAAAGUGGAAGAAACGGUAUUUUUGUUUAGUGCAAGUUUCCCAGUACACAUUUGCCAUGUGUAGCUACAGAGAGAAGAAAAGUGAGCCCACGGAGAUGAUGCAGCUAGAUGGCUAUACAGUGGACUAUAUUGAGGCGGUGUCAGCUCAGCUUAUGGUUGGAAUGGAUCUAGAAGGUGGUAGAUUUUUCUUCAAUGCUGUAAGAGAAGGAGAAUCAAUACUUUAUGCAACAGAAGAUGAAAAUGAAUCUCAUCAAUGGGUGACAGCAUUAUACCGAGCCACAGGACAGGCCCACAAGCCCACCCCUCCUGUUAUGCCUCAAGGGAAGAAUUCUACUUUAUCAAAAAUUCAAGGAGAUGCUGACAAGGCAAAGAAGCAUGGAAUGGAUGAAUACAUUGGUGCAGAUCCUGUCAGAUUUGAUCAUCACAACCUUUUUAGAAUUCUACAAGGACAAACACUAGAAUAUCGUCUUGUUGAUCCAUACUGUUCUCUAGGAUGGUUCAGUCCUGGCCAGAUUUUCGUGUUAGAUGAGUACCAGGCUCGAUAUGGUGUGAGGGGAUGCUACCGACACUUGUGUUAUCUGGAAGAUCUCCUAGAUCGUGCUGAGAAAGGCCAGAUGAUUGACCCAACCCUGAUUCACUACUCCUUUGCCUUCUGUGCCUCCCAUGUACAUGGGAAUAGCCCCGCCGAGGAUGGGACAGUGUCAGUAGGCCAAGAACAAACUCAAGGCCCAAUAGCCCCUAACGUACCAUUUCCAACAAGACCUGAUGGUGUGGGGACCGUCUUGGCAGAAGAGAAGGAGCGCUUCCAACACAUCAAGGAGAGACUAAGAGUCUUACUUGAACACCAAAUUACAAAUUUUAUGUAUUGCUUCCCAUUUGGUCGACCAGAAGGUGCCCUUAAAGCCACAUUAUCCUUACUUGAACGGGUGUUGAUGAAGGAUAUAGUUACUCCAGUUCCCCCUGAAGAAGUGAGAGGCAUGAUCAAGAAAUGCCUAGAAAAUGCUGCUCUCCUUAACUACACUCGCCUCUCCGCAGAAACCAGAAUAGAGGGUGGUGAAUCAACCCUCCAAGAGGAUCUCAGUGGUGAGAAUGCUGUGUCAGCUAGCAGAAAACUGGAUGACCUAAUCCACUUGGCAGAACUUUGUGUUGACCUCUUGCAGCAGAAUGAAGAACAUCAUGCUGAGGCUUUCAGAUCGGAUAAAGCAUUUGCAUGGUUCAGUGACCUCUUAGUGGAGCAUGCAGAGAUAUUCUGGUCCCUGUUUGCUGUGGACAUGGACCAAGUAUUAGCAGAACAACCUCCAGAUACUUGGGACUCCUUCCCACUCUUCCAGAUAUUAAAUGACUACCUAAGAACAGACGAUAACCUAAAAAAUGGACGGUUUCAUCAACAUCUCAGAGAAACAUUUGCUCCAAUGGUUGUUCGAUACGUUGAUCUGAUGGAGUCUUCAAUAGCCCAAUCAAUCCACAAAGGCUUCGAGAAGGAACGGUGGGAGAAUAAGGGGAAACCUUCAUCUCCGUCGGACUUGGAACCUCCCAAAAAAGUGGAUCCAGUGGUGCUCGCCAGAAAUGGGUGUGCAACCUCUGAGGACCUAUUCUGGAAGUUAGAUGCCUUACAGUCUUUCAUUCGAGACCUUCAUUGGCCAGAUCAUGAUUUUGCCAAACAUCUUGAACAAAGGUUAAAGUUGAUGGCAUGUGAUAUGAUUGAGUCCUGUAUUACAAGGACAGAUCAAGCCUUCCAACAAUGGUUAAAAAAGGGCACCGGCUUUGUCUCCACAGACUACGUGCUCCCAUCUGAAAUGUGUGCCAUGGUCAAUGUUAUUCUUGAUGCCAAAAAUCAGUCUUUCAAACUUUGUGCUGUGGAUGGAGUUGAUGUGCAUCAGUAUCACACCAAAAUUGACGACCUCAUUGAAAGAACCAGCACAUCCAUGACUCAGGGAAUGGCAGACAAGCUGCUUUCAGUACUUGAUUCAGUUAUAUCCAAACUGGGCAGGUACGAUGAAGGCAGCUUCAUUGGGUCAAUACUGUCUUUUACGUACCGUCAGAAUGUAAGUGGAUCAGGAAAAGAGUUGGGAAAGGCAUACAUCAACUUUGCCAGGAACUCUAUGGACCAGAUCAGACAAAAAGUUAAUGAUGAGCUCUGGAUUCUCAACCUGUUUGAGCAAUGGUAUGCAGCACAAGUCACGAUGCUUUGCUCAUGGUUAAGUGAAAGACUAGAUCACAACCUGCACCCUUAUCAGUGUACCUGUUUAGCCCACAUUGUUAAGCUCAUUUUCUCAGAUUUCACAGCGUAUGGGCUAGGUCAUGAACAAACUGGGAUUCAGGCCUACGUAGUGGUGAGUCAGCGAGUGGAAGCAGAGUACCAACGGCUUGUACGAAGUGGCAAACUCAAGGAAUAAGUCAUCCCUUCCCAUCUACAAAAAAAAAAAAAAAAAAAAAAAAAAGUCACUGUUGUUGUCUUAAGCUUAAUGAUAACCUAUGGCAGGAAAUGUUCUAAGUGUCAAUAUCUGAGUCUAUAACUAAAAUCUUGGUUGAAACAUAAGAUUAGGUUAGAAAUUCUAAAAGAGAAGAGGUAAAAAAAAUAGAUAUUUUAGAUUUGACUAUCACUGUUCAGUAAAACAGUUAAUAUUUAUAACACAAAAAUUACCUCAGACUACUGACAGUUGAUUUAACAUCUAUGUGUCUAUAGGCCUGCUAUUGGCCCCAUGUAGAUUCUUAGACUGGAAUGGAAAAGGUGGAUGCUGACAGCAUACUUUUCAUGUAUAAUCAGAUUCUUUAGAAAGUUUGAUAUAUUAUAGUUUUCUUCUUAAUCACACACCAUAGUAUUUUAUUUUGGGCUCUUAUUUUGACUUUCAUUAUUUGCUGUUGAAAUAUUUUGUUUUCUUAACUCUGAUAGCAAUUUACCCAAGUGUUAUGUUUUGUUUUUGCUGGAUUUAAAAAAAAAAAAUUACUUGUGUAGAUAAAAACUAUUCAUGAUUGCUGCUCAAUAAUCAUAAAAAGUAAAACAAUCUGUGUUUCACUGCAGAGAAUCAGUUACAGUGGUGCACCAAGUUUCAUAGUAUCUUUAUUCACAAAUCACUGUUUUAUGGCAACUCACAUAUUCUACAAUUAGACAUGAAAAUAACAUACUUGCUUACGAAGGUAAUGCUGUUGCUGUAUUCCCCUGUAUUCUUUAUUUUCAUCUCUCAUCCAAAUUUUUUUAUUUGGUGAUAAGAACAGAAUUAAUUAUCAUUAGCUGCAGAUAGAAGUGUGCUUUUGUUUCAGUCAGUGCUUGAUAAUGAUUAACCAUAUGGCCAGCUUGGUUUCUGAUAUUCAAAACAACUUGAAUUUAUAUGAGUCACGGUAUGCAAGAGGUAUAAUUGCGUGUAAAGCUUAUCACUGAUUACUACUAUGAAAACGGUCAAAAUGUGUUACUAUUGUGUAUCAAAUGAAAGGUCUGAAAUAGUGCUAUCAUACCAUGUGGUUUUUAAUAUUUUUUUUCUUUUUUUUUUUUUUUAGGGCUGCAAAUUUUACUCACCCCCAACUUUGCAAUUUUAUAGAGUGUAUGAUAUAAGAGAUAUCAUGUUAAAAAAUUAUGUGUUAAGGUUCACUUUCAUCUGUUGUAUUAGUUGAGAUAUUUAAGUUCAUUAUCAGGAACAAUACCUUAAUGUUCCUGACAAUGCCCUUAGCAGAUUUACAACCCAAUAAAUCCCCAUCCAACCCAAUAAUAAGAGUUGACUGGGGAUGUAUUCCUGAUCCUUCCACCCAUGAACAAGGUUGGUGGUCACAGUGGUGAUGGAAUAUACUGUGACUCUUGAUGACAGGCACUGUCUAGAAGUAGUCUUUCCUCUUUUGCUGGGGCUGAGCAUGCCAGAUAUCCAUAUCAGCAUUGAGUUGAGGCACCACAGCAACAGGGGAAUCAACAUGUUCAUUACUGGAUGAGACAUAUUUUUAUAAACAAUGAAAACUGCUGAGAAUCAGGACAGUAGCGUGCAUGGUAAAGGCAAAGGCUUUAUGGUGAUACAUCACACGUAGUGGGAGAAUGACAACAAUAACACACCACACCAGGCUGUGAUUGACCAAGCAUUCAUGUGAGUAUGGCUAAAUGUUCUGUGUUAAUUGGGUCAGGCACAUGCCAACACAUGCAAUGCUUGUCCCUCUUGCAUACAGGAGAGAGAGUUAGUCUGAUCAACACUACGACCCAAAUCAGGUCACUUUAGGCCUUAGUUUAACCAUCAAGUUCAUCGGAUUUCCUCUGCCUGACCCUUCCACAUGAUAAUCACACCCUUAAACAAAUUCUCACCCUUAAUUCAAAACCUCAAGAUUUGAGGGUUAUCUCCUCUCUUGCACACUGUGCCUCACAUAGUGAGACUACAAUUAAACCAUACCAAAUUGU